CCAUGGAGGCCCCACCUGUUACCAUGAUGCCUGUCACUGGCGGCACCAUUAACAUGAUGGAGUAUUUACUCCAAGGAAGUGUUUUGGAUCAAAGCCUGGAGAGCCUCCUUCACCGGUUGCGUGGUCUGUGUGACAACAUGGAACCUGAGACAUUCCUGGACCAUGAGAUGGUGUUCCUCCUGAAAGGGCAGCAAGCCAGUCCCUUUGUCCUGAGGGCACGGCGCUCCAUGGACAAAACUGGCACACCCUGGCACUUGCGCUAUUUGGGACAGCCAGAAAUGGGAGACAAAAACCGCCAUGCUCUGGUGCGCAACUGUGUUGACAUCGCUACUUCAGAGAACCUUACUGACUUUCUGAUGGAGAUGGGCUUCCGGAUGGACCACGAGUUUGUCGCCAAGGGCCAUGUGUUCCGCAAGGGUAUCAUGAAGAUUGUAGUGUACAAGAUCUUCCGCAUCCUGGUUCCAGGAAACACGGAUAGCAUUGAACCCUUGUCUCUCUCCUACCUCGUGGAGCUGAGUGUUGUAGCUCCUGCAGGACAAGACAUAGUUUCUGAUGACAUGCGAAACUUUGCUGAGCAGCUAAAGCCCUUAGUUCAUCUGGAGAAAAUUGACCCCAAAAGGCUCAUGUGAGUGAAAAGGACCCAGCAAGUAUGUCUAGUUCCUCUCUCUCUCAGUGGUCCUGGUGACCAGCAUGUAGACACACUUCUUCCAAAAUGACUCUUGCAAGAACUGAGGAGAUUAAAGGUUUUGGUUUUGUUUUGGGUUUUUUGGGGGGUAGUGCAGAGGUUGUCUCUGUUGUGUUUUGUCACUGCUGUAAUUGACAGAUCACUUUUUCCUCACUUAAUGUUCCCCUUUAUACAGAUCUACCAUCAGGGUUGACAUUUUUGAAAUGUACUAAUUUGGAAUUUUCUUAUUAAGAAUCCUUUUAAAAAGCAUGGAUAGAAACAUUUCUUAAUUUCCUUUAUUACUUCAUAUUAGUGUUUCUGCUUCCAUAUUAAUAAGGGUCUUACUCGCAAGAAAGUGAACAGACCUGAGAUCCAAAGUAUCAAACAUGCUUAGGUUCAGUCCUCUUUCACACUGCACAUCUCUGGCUGCUGCCUCUUCAUUUGCAGCAUGGCUGCUUCUAUUCUAAUAGCCUCAUCUUGCAAAGACUGUAAAAGAGCAUGUUCAUAAGCUUCAUCCCUCAAGUGAUGUCCUAAUGUUACUGCAUGAGACAGGAAAUACAACUAUCAGAAUCAACAAUACCAUGGAACUGUCUACAUGCACGCUGUUGUCAAAGAGGAGCACAUCUUUUCCAUCACUAAUUUUUUUCAAUCAGCGAUCUUAGGUGUUACUUGUAACACUAGCAGAUACAAAACUAAGGUGGGAAUGACCUUUUUCAAGUAAAGGUGUACCCCUUUAAAAAGUAUAGAUUUUAAAAGCCAAUUUCCUUAGCUAUGUCACGACCUGAGGUUUUCAAAACCGAGAACUCUCAAAACAUAACUUGCUUUUAAUACUGUUUGUUCUAUGUACUUCGCUGUGCUAGGCUGAUGAAAAUAAUCUGGUCAAUUUCUCUUUUUUCUAGUCAAUUUCUUUUUCUGCCUCUUACAUAUAUGUAAAAGACGGUAGUAGCAGCUUGUAGAUAAUAUUUAAAACAAUGUUUUCAGUGGAAUUUAAAUAAUUCUGUACAUCUAAGGU